AUGCGGGAUGAGGAGUUUGCCUUUAAUCCAGUAAGACUGAUCGAGGAGGUUAAAAAGCGGCCAGGCCUGUACGAUCAGGGUUUGCAUCCUUUAGACAGGGAAGACAAGUUGACGCUGUGGAAGGAAGUUGGAGCUGCACUGUGUUCCCAAUGGGACACGUAUGACCGUGCCGCGGCCUAUGAUCGAGUAUUACAGCUACAAAGGAAAUGGCGUUCCCUUCGUGACGCAUACAAUAGGGAAUUACGUUCGCGGAAAACGGGUGUCAGAGUACAUAGAAGAGUUUACGUUUACUUCAAGAAGUUAAAAUUUCUUGGUGGUUUCGAAGGUGAAAUAAGCAGCGAUUCGGACCAUUCUAAUUGUGCCACCAAUGAAGACCAACCGGAAGAGGAUAGCAUUAAAACAGAGCUUGUUGAGCCUACACGAAAAAAACGUAAAAAGCGACGCGUCAAAAAACCGAGUUCAGAAUUCGCACCAGAGGAGGUGGAAAUGCCAAUAUUUCCAGUGGACGUGCCUGACGAAAGCGACAGUGAUAAACUCUUCCUUCUGUCGUUUCUGCCUGAGAUGAAACAGUUUCCUCUUGACAUUAAAAUGUGGGCGCGAGCUCAGAUAGCGAACGUGAUGCAGGAGGCAGUCACUGCGCAUAUGUCAAAAGUAUUGCCCAGUUCUGCUAACGAACGAAGGUUUCAGAUCAAGCAGCCGAGAGAUAGCUUUGAUUAA